CGCUGAUUUUGGCGCUGAGCAAGGAGACAGGGCCUGAAGCAGGGAGCUUUUGUUACAGCUAGAGGGAGAGAGGGAGACAGUAAUAUUAAAAAUACAUAGGAACCAGAUUUAGCCAAAUUCCGCUCCAACAUCCCGCAAAAAAAGCGACCCUCUAACAAGUCUACGGCCACCAAUUCAGCCAUGGAACCGCGAAGUGACUGAAAAUUGCCCCCAAUUUUAUCAAUACAUUGAGUUAGCAAGCGAAGAGGCCUGUACUUUAGUAUUCUCCAAUCUUUUGUUGUAUCUGUUUUUUUUUAUAUUGCACCAGGAAGCUCAAAUAUUGGGUGUAUUUGUUUAGAAUGGAACACGCUGAAGGCCCUGUAAGAGAAAGGGAAAGUUAAGGAUGCUGGAGCAGAACAAUGGAUUUCUCCUUCUCUUUCAUGCAAGGGAUCAUGGGAAACACAAUUCAGCAACCACCUCAACUCAUUGACUCGGCUAACAUCCGCCAGGAGGACGUGUAUGAUGCCGGGAGUGACAAUGGGGAAGACGGGGGGCCGUCUGCCUACGAAACUGCCCUGGAGUCGGGUUUCUCUUAUCCCCCCUCAGCUGCAGAAGACCUGCCUGUUGUCACCAAUGGCUACCCGCCCAAUGUCAGCCUCUAUGAGCCGCAGGCCAAGUACGCCAUGUAUUCUCAGUUCCCCAAUGGCUCUGCAAACGGCUACAGUGCCAUUCGCAGCUACAGCGAUCAUUGCCUGCUGCAAGGAGAGAACACUGUGUUGAGAGCCCCUGUUGUGCAGGAGAAACCCCCUUCCCCUUCUUCCCCUUCCGCUACACAUCAUCAUCACCCUCAUCAUCAGCCACAGCAGCAGCAGCAGCAACACCACCACCACCACCAUCACCCUCACCCUCACCCUCCUCCACCUCACAUGAACCCGUCCGUACUGCCCCCUCCUCCACCGCUGCUUCUCCCCUCCUCGCCUCCUCCCUCCUUAGCCACCAUCAUCACCUCCCCACCCCAUCCACAGCCGCCCGCCACGCCCAAGAAAACCAGCUCUCCCGAGAUCAAGCUGAAGAUCAUCAAGACCUACCAGAACGGCAGAGAGCUCUUCGAGUCCUCGCUGUGCGGGGACCUGCUGCACGAGUUCCAGGCCAGCGAAGCGUCCCGCAGGAGGCACGAGAGGAAGAAGGAGAAGAGGAAAAAGAGCAGCAGGCACAGUUUGCACAGGGACCCGGAGGAGCAGCAACAGCAGCACGAGUUGUGUGUUCCGGAGCCAGCUCCUGAGCCAGUUCCCGAGCCGCUUUGUGAGCCAUUGGAUGUGCACAGGCCCAAGCUCGAGUUUUCACCCAGGAACCGUACAUGUCCCGAAGCAGAACCUAAGGAACACAAAAUUCAGAAGCACUUUCCUACAGUUAUAACAGGUACUGGUUGUUGUAAGGACCAUGAAGUCGGUGAUUUGGUCUGGGCAAAGGUUGGGACGUACCCUUGGUGGCCUUGCAUGGUAUCUUGUGAUCCACAGUCAGAUGUUCAUACCAGGAUAAACACUAGAGGUCACAGGGAGUAUCAUGUGCAGUUUUUUGGGAGUGUUCCUGAAAGGGCGUGGAUCCACGAGAAGAGGGUAGUUGUAUAUCAAGGGCGGCACCAGUUUGAGCAGCUGCAGGCAGACACCCUCCGGCGAGCCUCAAAUCCUGCAGAAAGACACAAGCUCCUCAAACCGAUUCCCCAGAGGGAGCGUGCUCAGUGGGAGGUAGGGAUCGGCCACGCGGAGGAUGCCUUCCAGAUGACCCGGGAGGAGAGGAUAGAGAACUACACCUUCAUCUACGUGGACAAAGAACCAGAAACAUCUCCGCCCCCCGCAGAAAAACCCACCUCCAAGGCUGACAACAGGAGAGCCCGGCGAACUCGCAGUGCCGUUUCCAGCCCGCGACCUGACCCCUCGGGGGAGGUGAGCUCCGCCAGGCCCGGCCUCCCGCCACGCCGGCAGCAGCCCAGAAGGCAGUGCAGCAUGACGAACUCCGAGGAGCCUCCGCAGCCGGCACAACCGGAGCAAGACGAGCAGCAGCCGCGCUGCCCUGUACCCCAAAACCAGCCGUCGGAGGAGCCCAAAGACCAGGGGGCUCAGCAGCCCCCAGUUAAAACAGCCUGGAAGACAGCCGCUGCCAGAAAGCUCCUCCCGCUCUCCAUAACCAUGAAGAAGCUGAACGUGGAGAUCCAGAAGUGCGACUGGCCUCUGCCAAGGGACAGGACUCCCUCUCCGCAGGAAUCUGAAGGAGAGGACAAGCCCAGCGAUCAGCCGGUCUGCCCCCCCAGGGGAGCAAGUAGCAAACCUGAGAUGAGCUCCAAGGAGCAGGAGAGGCUUGUGUCACCUGUUGGACGUAGGAGUGACCCAGGAAUGGUACAGCACUCUUCCACUGCAGAGGUGUCUUCAGGUUUGUUGGAAAGAAAACAACAGAGGAGGUCUGUACGAAGUCGGUCAGAGUCGGAGAAAGGCACAGACCCGGUGCCAAAGAAAAAGAUGAAAAAAGAACAGACAGAAAUGGUCCCACAGGCAGCUUUGAAGACAGGAUCACAAAAGGGUGCUAGUGAGAUUUCAGAUUCUUGUAAACCUCUGAAGAAACGGAGUCGCGCAUCAACUGACGUGGAGAUGGCCAGCUACCAGUACCGUGACACAUCAGACUCUGAUUCUAGGGGUCUGAAUGACUCUCAGGUGGGGUUUGGGAAGCGAUCAGACAGUCCCACAGCUGCAGACGCUGAUGCCUCAGAUGCCCAGUCUGUGGACUCCAGUCUGUCACGGCAAGGGACAAGCACCACUAAGAAAGACACCGUUUGUCAGAUCUGUGAAAACUUUGGUGACACACUUGUUUCCUGUGAAGGAGACUGCAGCAGACUGUUCCAUUUAGAGUGUUUAGGACUGACUUCCUUGUUGGAAGGAAAGUUCACAUGCAUGGAGUGUAAAAAUGGUGCUCACUCCUGCUUCUCCUGCAAGGCGUCGGGCAGCGACGUGAAGCGCUGCUCGGUCAGCGGCUGUGGCCGGUUCUACCACGAGUCGUGUGUGCGCAAGCACGCCAAUGCCACCUUUGAGUCCAAGGGGUUCCGCUGCCCCCAGCACAGCUGCGCCACCUGUGCUCUCGAGCGAGACAUGCACAAGGCAUCCAAAGGUCGCAUGAUGAGAUGUAUCCGGUGCCCCACUGCCUAUCACACAGGGGAUAGCUGCUUUGCAGCUGGCAGUGUAGUAAUCACUCCACAUAUUAUCAUAUGUAGCAACCAUUCAAGUUCCAAAAAGAAUGGACACAUAACCUCACCUGUAAACGUAGGCUGGUGUUUCGUCUGUGCCCGAGGGCUAUUAGUGCAGGACAAUUCUGACAACAUAUUCAGUUCAUAUGCCUAUAAGUCGCACUACCUUCUGACUGAGUCAAAUCGUGCUGAGUUGAUGAAAUUACCUAUGAUUCCUUCCUCUUCGUCAGCUACCAAAAAGAAUUGUGGGAAAGGUGGAAGAUUGUUGUGCUGUGAAUCCUGCCCUGCCUCUUUCCAUCCUGAAUGCUUGAACAUUGAGAUGCCGGAUGGGAUCUGGUUCUGUAAUGAGUGCCGAAUAGGGAAGAAGCCUCAUUACAAGCAGAUAGUCUGGGUCAAGCUGGGAAACUACAGGUGGUGGCCUGCAGAGAUCUGCAACCCUAGACUUGUUCCUUUCAACAUACAGACUCUGAAGCAUGAUAUUGGAGACUUCCCCGUGUUCUUCUUUGGGUCUCAUGAUUACUACUGGAUCAAUCAAGGUAGAGUCUUCCCCUAUGUUGAAGGUGACAAGAACUUUGCUGAUGGCCAAAUUGGAAUAAACAAGACCUUUAAAAAAGCACUUGAAGAGGCUGCUAAGAGGUUCCAGGAGCUAAAGGCACAAAGAGAGAGCAAGGAGGCAUUGGAGCAGGAGCGCAGCUCACGGAAACCACCCCCAUACAAAUUUAUCAAGUCCAACAAGCCAGUUGGGAAAGUCCAGAUCCAUGUGGCGGACCUGUCUGAGAUCCCUCGCUGUAACUGCAAGCCCACCGAUGAGAACCCCUGCAGCCUGGACUCGGAGUGCCUGAACAGGAUGCUGCAGUACGAGUGCCACCCUCAGGUGUGCCCGGCUGGGGAAAACUGCCAAAACCAGUGCUUCACCAAACGCCUCUACCCUGAGACAGAGGUCAUCAAAACAGAGGGCCGUGGCUGGGGUCUCAAAACAAAGAAGAGCCUGAAAAAGGGGGAGUUUGUGACUGAGUAUGUUGGAGAGCUGAUUGACUCAGAAGAAUGCAGGCAACGCAUCAAACAUGCUCACGAGAACCAUGUUACCAACUUCUACAUGCUGACUCUCACUAAGGAUCGGGUCAUUGAUGCUGGGCCGAAAGGAAACUACUCCCGGUUCAUGAACCACAGCUGCAGCCCGAACUGUGAGACCCAGAAGUGGACGGUGAAUGGGGAUGUCCGAGUGGGCCUGUUUGCUCUCUGCGACAUCGAGACUGAAACUGAGCUGACGUUCAAUUAUAACCUGGACUGUCUGGGAAAUGGAAGGACAACUUGUCACUGUGGAGCUGAAAACUGCAGUGGGUUUCUGGGCGUGCGACCGAAGAGUGCAGUUGUUAUAGAAAAAGAGGAGAAGGCGAAGAAUGCCAAACUCAAAGCAAAGAAGCGCAAGAUCAAGCCCGAGGCGAAGCAGAACCACGAGUAUUUCUGCUUCUGCUGCGGUGAAGGGGGGGAGCUGGUGAUGUGUGACAAGAAAGACUGCCCAAAAGCAUACCACCUCUUAUGCCUUAACUUGACGAAGCCACCGUAUGGGAGGUGGGAAUGCCCCUGGCAUCAAUGCAGUGUGUGUGGGCGCUCCUCCAUAUCCUUCUGCGAGUUCUGCCCCAGCUCCUUCUGCAAAGACCACGAGAAGGGGGCUCUGGUGCCCUCUGCCCUCGAGGGCCGCCUCUGCUGUUCCAGCCACAACCCUAAAAACCCACUGACACCCGAGUCUCUCAACAAGGUUAAAGUCAAACUGGAGCCCCUGGACCCUCCUGAUGCAAUGGGAGAAUGAGGCACCCUGAGUGCAGUUUUAAAGGGGGUGUCCAAUGAAAUGGUAAAAGACUCGAGUUCAUAGCGUAAGUAGAGGAAGUGGGCUUGUUGCUUUUCAGGCAACCGUAGUUGAUACUCUUAUAUAUCAUGCACACAUUUAAAGACUGAAAGUGUUGUUCUCAUUACAGUCCAUUCCAGUUUACAGCAGGUAGGAGCAGCAGGUAUUGAGAAGUAGUCCAGAUGAGGCUGACUUUUCAGAGAGAUUGAUGAACUGAACUUUUUUCCAGAGGUGAACCAAAUAUGACAGUAUUGAAUAAUUGGCACUUUUUAAAUGACAUAAUCUUAUCACUGGUGGAGGUCCAAUGGUUCUCUGCCCUGCUGUGUCUUUGUUUGUCUUUGAAACUCCUGUGAGAUGUGGUUGCCUGGAGGCCUUUUGUUUUUCCAGUUUUGCACCAUUUAUAACACGUCUUGCUGUCUGUACAGGGACAUAAAACAGCAAAACCACAUUCUGCCAGCUCGUAGGUCACUCCAAAAAUAUGAAUAUUGUUUUUAUGUACCUCUUGUAAAACCUCUUUUUUGUGCAAUUUUAACAGGAACACACUACUUUUCUGGACAUUUACUAAUUAUGUAUGUCUUUUACUAGGGAACUUCAUUUUAAAUCCUUCUUUUAAAGACAGUGAUUAAGGUUUUAAACCCUUCCUUCACCUUGUGUAGUAUUUUUGUACUUCUUCCUCAAAAUUUACAUUCUUGACUUUGAAAUAGUUCAGUAAGUGUUUGGAUGUCAUUCUGUCAGGUUCUCAAAGGAAUUCUUUAAGGUUAUUGGUGUGACUUAUGUCAAAGUGAUUUUAAUCUAUUUUUUGCUGCUUAUGAAACUGUUAAUGUGUUUAAUGUUAAAGAAGCUGCUAGUUCAUGUAACCUUUCCACCCUUUUCAUCAUUGAUGGGUAAUGUGAAUGUCAGAAUUGGGCAACGAAAAGGAGCUGAAGGCAAUCUGUGAAUGAAUGCUUCUGCACUGAUCGGUGUCUUGAAACUGCCAUUUCUGUACAUGCAAUCAAUUAACUAAAUUUCAGUUUCAGACUAAGAGAUGUUAAAAUUAUUUAACUCUUUAGUCACUUUUCUGUUCACCUUCUCUCAUGAAAUCUAAUGAUCUUAAUACAUUUUCUUAAUCGUGUAUUUAGCAUUGUUAGUAAAAUCCACUGUGAUCAUGUUUUGUUAAUGACAUUGCAAACAGGCAAAAUUCAGGAGAGCAGGAAAGGAAUUUUUAGUUCACCAUUUUCUCUUUUAAUAUCCUGCAUAUGUCCGAGUGCUUAUUUGAGAUUUCUGAAAAACCUUUGUCAUAGUAUGUGGUGUAGUGUACUUCAAACUUGUCAUCUCCUCAUCCCAACGUGUUCUUAUACAGGUACUUCAAGUGAUGUAGAAGAUUUCAAAGUUAAGAAAAACUUGUUUUAACUCAAGAGGGGGCAGUGAGGGAGUAAUAAAGCUGUGUAUUGACCAAGGUUGGAAGUGGGAUUUAAAACAUUUAACUCUUUUGUCUUUUAAAACUCCCCUGACUUUUUACUUUGGGGCACAAAGAAAACAUGUUUCUGUACAGUGAAGUUCACAGAUUCUUUUCCCUAUUUUGAUGAACUAGGCAAAAUUUCACAUUUCACAAGUGUCAAAAAUGGAAAUUAGGAAUGCCUUUUCGUUAUGUUUUUAGAGACUCCCAUCUAUUGAGGUGUUUUUUUCCCAUUUUUAAGGAACUUAAAGCCAUUGCAUCCACACUGAGUGCACAGUUAUUGUGACUGGGCGUUGCGUGUCUGAAAUUUGCACGUAGCUCCAUGUUAGUAUGUGUCAUCACAUUCAACUCGCGGUCAUGAAUACUGCACGUUCAAAGAGUUGGUUUGGGAAAAGCCAACUUCUCAUGCAUACAGACAAUUACGUUAAUAUCCUAAUAGUGUUGCACAGCUUGAAUUUUGUAGUGAAAGUUUGAAGUUAUGGCAUUAACAGUUUGCAGGAAGCCCAGCAGGUAAUUAAAAAAAAAAACGUAAUGCUUGAUCUAAAUUAUCUUAUUUUCACUUCAGUGGUAAAUAAUAAUGUGUAUCAAUUUGAAAUGGUGCAUGUAAGUGCUUUUUUGGUUUUGUUUGUUGUUGGGUUUUUUUUUCUCUAAAGCACUAAUCAUUAUAUCACCUACAUUGUGAAUGACUUGUUUUUUUAAUGGUCUCUAUUUUCAUAGAAUAACAAUGUUUUGAAGAGAUUAUAUCUGUAAAUAUUCAAAGAAUGUAUUCCUUUAUUUAAAGUAUUAGUAAAAAAUAACUUUAAAAAUCCAUAUUGAGAAUUUUAAGACUUAAAGGCAUAUUGCUUUAUUUUUUCUUCAAAGGGUGCUUUGAGAGUAGAUGUCUUUAAAUAACAGAAAUAACAGAAAGUCUGGUAACAUGCAUAGACCAUUCUUGAACAUAUGUGUGGUGGAAAUGUGCUUUUACCAGGAUUGUUUUACCAUGUGUUAUUUUAAAAUUAAGUCAUAAAGUGUUUUAAUAUUGUUAAUCUUUGAAGAAAGGGCAUUUUUCUUUAUACACUUUGAAAAUGUGUGGUUACCAGGAACGAGCGUACUGUAUCUCUCAACUGAGUUAAUCCAAAAACCUUUUUGAGAGCCUAACUACCUUAAGCACUGUACUGUCCAUUAUGUUGGAAUAAUUCUGUCCUUCAUACUAGCUAGAGCACUGCCUACCAACUCACAUCACUACCAUCAGAUAAAUGCUUGGAAUUAAUUGCAGUCUUACUACACUUUAGGGUUUUUUGCAUUUUGUGAUGCUGUCAACCUUCAAAACCAGAGUAGAAAUUGUUCUAAAAUAUGAAAUGCUGAUCUUUUGUGAUGUCUGUUUUUAUUCGUAUUAAUCAGAAUUUGAGGAGUUUACAUGUAGACAUUGCCUCUGUAAAAGGUGUCAGAUACAUUCAGUAUUGGCCAUAUAAUUGUAACUGUAUCUUGUCUUUUGUUUUUAUUUAUUGUUUUUUUUUUAAUGGUAUUUCUGAUGUCUUUCUGAACUCUUCCCAGAUCCUUCCUGUUAUUUCUAAUGACAUCAUUCAUUCCUUAGUUUAACUGCAAGCAAUUAGCAGUUUUUAUUAUAGGUACUUUGAAACAUCACUGACAACAAAAACACAAAAUAUUACAAAUGUAAUUACAUGCAUAAUUAUAGUAACACUAUUGGCACCCUUUUUUUACCUGUGUAUGUACAUAAAACUGAGCAAAACCUUCCAAAACAUUUAAAAAAUACAUUUCAUUUUGUUUUUGAAAGAGGAACUGUACAAAUACAUUUUUGUCUAAUUUCACUCACUUCAAACUUCAUAAUGAAGAUCAGAAUAGAAUUGGAAAUGAAAAGAAUGGGCCAAUGAUGCCUGAAAUUCUUUUUUCUGGAGUCAUGCAAUGAAAAUGAAAGUCUUGAUUAGUGUAUACCAUCAUCUUAAUAUGAACUUUAGAAAGCUCCUGUAGUUUAUGUAAUUUAUCUCCUCAGUAACUCAUUACUGGUUUAAUGUUUCACACAAGUUGGGUCUCUGCGGGUUGUGAGGGAAAACAAAGAAAUUAAUUACCCACAAUGGUAACUUUCCCUUCAGUGAAAGCCUCUCAGCUCUGUUAGAACUUUAACACAAAUUAGCCACCAAAUAAUGAAAUAGCUGCACCACUGGCACAUGAAGAGUCACUUUAUUUAUAUAUAAAUCUGCCUUUUUUUUCCUAACGUUCCACAGAGUUUACUUGAAUGUUUUUUAUGUUGCUUCCAUUUUAUUUAUAAUUGUUUUAUACUUAAAUGUAAUAGUAAGUAGAUUAGAUGCAGUUUUAAUGAUUUUAUAUUGGGGGGGGGGCGAUUGUAAAUGAGGGCAAAAGAAGCAGAAUUUGAGAAGACUUCAUUUCCAAGCCACGGUUUUCUAUGACGAGUAACAAUAGUGUUUACCCCACACCUUUGCCACUUCUAGAGCUCUCACAGGUAGAUAGUUGUAAAUCACGUUAAAUGUAAUAAAGGCAUGAGUAAAGUCAUGACUGCAGGUGUUUACACUCACGAAUAUUUUUUAAGCUUUGCUACUAACCAACCUUUGUUUAUCUCCAAAUACCUGCUCAACACUCUUCUACAUUUUUUGUGUUUAAAUGGCGAAUCAUCCUUUUUUUUCCUUAAAGUGUGUUAGCCUCAGUCUUGCUUUGUCACUAAAUCAGUUCUUCACAGCUCUUUUAUGUUUUCCUGAAGCAAGACUAGAGCCCUCACUGGAGAGCCAUGUGGCAGAACUUCAUUGAAAGGGGGUCCUGUAAUUCAUUUAGAAGCAAACGGUGUGCAGUCUAUGUGAUGCUAUCCCCCCUAAAUCUGCUGGACUGGUGCCUCUUUUGAUAGUGUUUACUCUUACUCAUGGGGCUAAGACAAACAUUUUUAAAAAUAUUUUUCUUUAUAGAAGUUCUAUCUCAUAUAGCUGCUUGAGGCAUUGUCACCAAAGGGCUGCAUACGUAUAGCUACAUGCAUGCCUCUUUUAGGGUGCAUAUCAGGAUUUUGUUUAUCUUAAAAACUGCUUUACUGUGACUUCUUAACAAUUAUUCACUAUUCUACUGCUUUAUUUUUCAGACUCUUGCUGGCAAUGAGAUUGCACAUAGUCAACCUAGCCUAAAUUAGACUUGGUUUACACCUCAGGACUAACACAUUGUUCUUAUUUCAGAUUAAGUUUGAAGCCAGAAGUAUUACUAUACUGAUAAUGCUUAAUAUGUGCUUACCCCCCACACACACGCACACAAAGGGUAGAGAGGGUCUCAUUGUAUAAAAUGGUGCAUUCUAAUUUUUAUGUUUGAAUUCUGUCAUGGCCAGUCAGUAUUCCAUAAACCACAGAUGUAUAUUCUUGAAAAAGGAAGAAAUUAACAUAUUUAUAUACAUAUCAUGUACUGCUUAUGCUUCAGAGAGUGUAUUAUGGACUGUCUGUUGCUUAUUUUUAAAGAAAGUCUUAAGAUGAGUGUAACUCCUGUAUAAUUUGAGAUGUACAACAACAUAAACAAUUUUUUUAGAAAAAGAAAAACAUGUAAUUUUAAAGGGAUCCUGUUCUCAAUCUUGCAAAUAGACUCAUUUCCACGUGAACUUUACUUUUAAAUUUGUUGGUUUUGUGAAAUGUUGAUUGUAAUUGUUGACUAUCCAUCAUGACAUAAAAUGAAGUAUACACUCUGAAUAUUUGAAAAACUGUUACGGCUUGGCUAGAAUGAUAAUUCAUCUUCAAAACACUACAGUAGUGAUACCUCCCUAAGAUUUCAGCUGGGGGGUUUGUAAUUGUAUUAAUUGAUGUUGCUGUUUAGAAUUAAAACACCAAUUAUUUUCAUUUUGUUGUUCAGCCUAUGUUAUUGCAUAGUGUAAAAGAAUGAUGCUUGUCUAAUCCUGUAUAUAGUUAGCAAAAACAAUUGUCAUUAGUUGUAGUGUAUUUAGACUGCCUGUAAUAUUUAGCUUCUGAAUGUGUGUGACUGUAGGAACGUAUAAUUUUUUGUACAUUAUAUUGACUGAGAUGUCCUUUUUUUAUUUGGAAUAUUUUGGAAUUCAGAUGUGUUUUGCUUCUGCCAGAAUUCAUUCUGAAAGGUUUUUAAUGACAUUCCACAGAUUUAUCAGUUUCAGACUUUGCUUGAGGUUUGACUUCAAUAAAACUGUUCUGAAUGUUACAGUCUGA